CCCGCGCGGGGGGCCCGGCCGGUCGUCCGUCAGUGCGUUCGUCUCCUCAGGCGGGAGAGGAGCCGAUGUGGGCGGCGGCCCAGCGACCGACCGUCCUUCCUUCUGUCCGUUCUUCUGUCCGUCUUUCUUUCCAUCCUUCCUUCUGUCCGGUCCGUCCCUCUGUCCGCCCUCCCGCCGCCAUGGCCCCGGGCCCACCCGACCGCCGCGUCUUCGUGGUGGGAGUUGGCAUGACCAAGUUUGAGAAGCCUGGACUUCAAGGGGCGCCUGACUACCCUGAAAUGGCCCAAGAGGCAGGCCAGAGAGCUUUAGCUGACGCAGAGAUUCCUUAUUCGGCUGUGGAACAAGCGUGUGUUGGCUACGUUUAUGGCGAUUCCACCUGUGGCCAGAGGGCUGUCUACGGUUUAGGAAUGACAGGCAUUCCCAUCAUCAAUGUGAACAACAACUGUUCUACUGGCUCUACUGCUCUGUUCAUGGCCCGACAGCUCAUCUUGGGAGGUUUGGCAGACUGCGUCUUGGCUCUUGGGUUUGAAAAGAUGGAAAAAGGAUCCCUCGGAUCAAAAUACACAGACAGGACCAACCCGAUAGACAAGCACAUCGAAGUGAUGGUGAAGAAGUAUGGCCUCGCCACAAAGCCAAUAGCCGCUCAGCUGUUUGGAAAUGCCGGGAAGGAGCACAUGGAAAAAUAUGGGACAAAAAUAGAACACUUUGCAAAAAUUGCAUGGAAAAACCAUAGCCAUUCGGUCAAUAACCCGUAUUCCCAGUUUCAGAAGCAGUACAGCCUAGAUGAAGUGCUGAAGUCUAAACAAAUUUAUGAUUUCCUGACGGUCUUACAGUGUUGCCCGACGUCCGACGGGGCCGCGGCGGCUGUUCUGGCCAGCGAAGCGUUCGUGAGGAAGCAUGGGCUGGAACUCAAAGCCGUGGAAAUCUUGGCGCAGGAGAUGGUGACGGAUCUCUCAAGCUCGUUCGGAGACAGCUGUAUUAAAAUGGUUGGCUUUGACAUGACUAAAGAAGCCGCCAGGAGAUGCUAUGAAAAGUCAGGCCUGAAACCAAGUGAUAUUGAUGUGAUCGAGCUUCAUGACUGUUUCUCCUCCAACGAACUCAUUACUUACGAAGCUCUGGGGCUCUGUCCUGAAGGGAAAGCGGGCGAACUGGUCGAUAGAGGAGACAAUACGUACGGAGGAAAAUGGGUCAUAAACCCGAGUGGGGGAUUGAUCUCCAAAGGACACCCUCUCGGAGCCACAGGCGUGGCGCAGUGCGCCGAGCUGGUGUGGCAGCUGCGGGGCCGGGCCGGGCGGCGCCAGGUGCCGGGGGCCAGCGCCGCCCUGCAGCACAACCUGGGCCUCGGGGGCGCCGUCGUCGUCACCCUCUACGCCAUGGGCUUCCCCCGCCACCGCCACCACCGCGACCACCGCGACCACCGAACUCACCCCAUCGAGGCCGUUCCCACCAGCUCCGCCGUCGAUGGAUUUAAGGCGAACCUCGUCUUUAAAGAGAUUGAGAAGAAACUCAAAGAGGAAGGCGAGCAGUUUGUGAAAAAAAUCGGAGGAAUUUUUGCCUUCAAAGUGAAAGAUGGCCCCAGCGGGAAAGAAGCCACCUGGGUAGUGGAUGUGAAGAAUGGCAAGGGUUCUGUGGCCAUCAACUCAGAUAAGAAGGCCGACUGCACCAUCACAAUGGCUGAUGCUGACUUGCUGGAUUUAAUGACCGGAAAGAUGAAUCCUCAGGCGGCGUUCUUUCAGGGCAAAUUGAAAAUAACCGGCAACAUGGGUAUGGCUAUGAAAUUACAGAACCUUCAGCUCCAGCCCGGCAAAGCCAAGCUGUGAGGAGCUCCCUGAGCCACUUGAGAAAAAUCAAGAUGCAACCCCGAUCUCUUUGAGAGAUGCUACACCGGCAUGAGGCAUCUGCAAUCACAUGGAAUCAAUUUGCAUUUAAAUGAAAAUGAACAGCCCUGUCUUUCCCUUGACCCUCUCCCCUCCCUCCCUCCCAACCUCCCACACCUCCCCUUCCAGCUCAUCAGUCCUGCUCCUGAGCUAAACUGUUAGCUGGAACCCUACAAGGUAAUGUGGAAAUUAGGGGAUGGGAAGAAUCCGAGGGGCACCGGAUAAAGAACAAUAAAAUCCAAAACAAAAUUUGGGAAGCACUUUGCUCUAAUUAGUUCUUCAAGUCACAGAUCUGGUAUUUAGCAAUAGGAUUUCUUUCUGAGUUUCCGAUCUGAACUGUCCGCCAGAGAAAGCUAAGAAGAAAACAUAAUAGGAGCUGGCAGUAAUUAGCGUGCUGGUUGUAAUGACAUAAUCCACUUGCACUAAUGUGUCUAAUUAGCUUGGUUGAAAUUCAGGCAUUUUCAUUUAUUUAAUGAAAUUUAAAUUAGCAGAAGGCAACAAAAUCUGGAUUUGGGUAGAAAUAUCGUUCAGCGUCUUGGUCUGCUGAAAAAAUCCUUUCAACUGGAAAACCAAAACACUUUGAAGAUUUUCCUUUUGAAAAUCAGGGCGUUAGAAUUAGAAAAAUGCCGUUGCUCAUAAUCAGGAGGCCACCAUUUACCUUUGAGGCAUUCAUAAUGCCCCUCUACUUGGGACUAGAGUUAAACCAUAACUGGGAAAUAAGUUGGAGGUUACUGAUUUUAAAAUUCACUUUAAUCAGCUAACUUGGCUUACUGCUUUUCUAAUGUGGGUUUUAUCAAAUAUUUUCUUAUAACUUUAGAGUUGGAAUAAAAUAAUGGUUUUAAAAGAAUGUUUAAUAGAAAUUAAAGUAGCUUUUCCUGGUUUGCCUGGUU